CACAUCACAUCAGCUAGUCUAUUUCAAAAGUCCAUCAUAUAAAUUUCUUUACUGACUGAUUUUAAAAAAUUGCCUACAACUACAAUGAUUGAUAAAUUGCACGUCGACCUAGGCUCACACCAUAUGCACCAUUCCUUGAAAUAGAAUCCAACUCUAGACUAGACCCAAAAUCCUCAACAACGAGUCCCACCUAAUCAUUUCAUCUCCUUCUCACCCGUUACAUCGAACAUGAUAUAUUGAUCCCCUUCCAAUCUAUCAAUUCUCAUGUGAUCCUCCUACUCGCAAUCUCAGCCGUCCGAUCGAUCUAGCCUCAGAUAUUACCGACGGUUGUGGCCCCUCAUGCAAGGUGCCACACGACGAUUCAGACCGUACGUACAACCUUUUCCUCUUAAUCAUCGACACGUGUCAACACUCUUAUGUGGGGACCACCACUGUGCCUCAGCAUCUCCAAUGCAGUUAUAUAAACGAAGACCACUCUUCCCUCCUCGGCAAGCUCUCCCUCUCAGAGCUCCAUGUCCACCGCCUUCCUUUACUUGUUCACUUCUCCUUCUUCCUCGCAGGAUCGAUCUCACAUAGCUCAAGACCAUGGCGAUCCGGAUCGUGAUCAUUUCCCGGCGUCGAUAUCAAAGCCGACGGCGAGAAAGGCUGGCGGCAAGCCGCCCGCCCCCAAGCGCCCCCCUCAACGUGGCCUUGGCAUAGCCCAGCUCGAGCGCCUCCGCGUCCAAGAAAGCCGGAUGAAACUCACUGAUGACGAGUUCCAACUUCCGACCUAUACUGCUUCUCCUAAAGUCUACGUCGACGGCGAUCGGUGGAAUGAUCUAAAGGCUCCUAGACAUGGCCUUGGCGUCGCCCCGUUCAACUACUCCCGUCUCCAAGAGAGCUUCAACCAGAUCACGGAUCGCGAGUUCCUGCUUCAGAGCUACGCCGUUCCAUCUUACACCAACGUCGGCGGCGGCGGAGUGUGGCAUGAUCUACCACCUGGAUCGCUGUCACACGGCUACCAGCGAUGGCGUACACUAAGACAUGCGAUGACUCCAUACGUGCCAGCACCAGGUAUCCGAUCGGAGUUCCUCGACUAUUACGCUGUGGAUCGGAGCCUGAUGACUGGCGGGGACACAAGGUUCUGCGCCGUCUGCCCUCCGAUGGUAGAGCCCCCUUCAAACCAAAUGCCUCACCUCGGCAACUGCGAGUUCCUCGCCCUCCAUUCUCAGAAGAAGCGGCGUCUCUCCGGUGAUCAAGAGUUCGACACUCCCAAUGCCGGCCACGUCGCCGCUCGAGAGGAAAGCGUAGCACCGUACUACAUGUUCUUCCCGCCCAUCGACCAAUCAGCUGGAGAUUCGGAGAUCGCUGAUCAGACGGUUGAUGUUGCAUCGCCAUCCACAUCCUCUCCAAAUCUUGUGGACUUAUCACUCAAACUCGGCCAUUAAUGAGAAGUAUAAAUCUGAAAACUAGUACAUGCAUGGUUCCUUUCAUUUUAGCCUUAAUUUCUUCUUUUUAAUUUCCGGCGAAACAGAAUCAGAGAUUGUGUUGUUGUUGCUGCUGCUGCUGCUGUUGUUACUUGUUUCUUGCUUUAGUCUCUAUGCUUUAAUUUGUUUAGACUCCAACUCCAUCAAUCUUCUUUAG